AUGCUAUAUAAUUUUGAUUUUCCAUAACAACAAAGUCCUGUUUUGUAAAUUAAUUAUUCACAGUAAAAUAAUAAAACUUAGAAGAAUGUUUCAACCUAAAAAUCUCUGAGCCAAAUCUCGAAUUUCGAGUUUCAACAAACUAGUGAUAUGAAAAAUAAGUUAUUACCCCUUUUGAAUAAUAAACUAAAGUAGAGAAACUCGAUCAAGCAUGGUGCUCAAAGUCCUAGACAGACAUAAUUCAAAAGUGAGAAUUCAUUAGAUGAUCAAAGCAAAAUAACUAUUUGCAGAUAACUACCUUCUAUAUAUUUGAAACAAAGCAGUAAGAUUAUGAAACCAACUCACUCUCAAGAUAAGUUGAGUUUAAGUCCUCAGAAAUAGGAUUUAAAUCAAUAAAGCAAACGAAUUCUUACUGACGGUGCAGAUAUCCAACAAUCAGAUAGAUUAAGCCUCAAAAAACUUAAUGAAUUGUUGAAUAGUCAUAGUGUUAAAAUGCCUUAACCUACUACAAUAUAACAUUUUCCUGAAGUUUAGGAACUAAAAGAUUUACCUAAAUAAAUUGAAUAGAUUUUUAAGAAAAAUAACAUUAAUCCAAUAAAGAUGAAAGCCAGCUUGCAGUUUUAUAGUCCAAGAGAGUAGAAGAAUAAGAUCUAAUCAAUUGAUUCUUUAAUUAAAUUGUUAAAAAAAUGA